GGGAAAUUCACACUCUCACUGUCUUUAUGAGCAAGGAAAACACUCCAUUCCAUUUUUCUCUUCUCACCUCUAUAUAAGCACCAUUCCAUUCCAUCCAAUUCUAACAAAAUCAUUUCAACCUAUACUGCCUACAUACACCACUGGUUCCUCUCUUGUAAGAAGAAAAAGAUGACAAAAAUGGCGGGUGGAGAGAUGUUGACUCAACUGGGGUCGACCAUGGCUGGCCUAAUGUUUAUCUGCGCCAUGUUCAAGCAGUACUUCCCCUUUGAUCUCCAAAACCACAUUGAACAAUAUGCUCACAAAUUGAUCGGCCUUGUCUACCCAUACAUCCAAAUCACUUUCCAUGAGUACUCUGGCGAUGGGUUCGAGCGCAGCAAAGCCUAUGCCGCCAUUGAAAGGUACCUCAGCACCAACUCCUCAUCCCGAGCUAAGCGGCUCAAAGCAGAUAUGGUGAGAGAUUCCAAAUCUCUUAUCCUGAGCAUGGACGAUCACGAGGAGAUCACUGAUGAGUUCAGAGGGAUCAAACUCAAGUGGGCUUCAAGGAAAAACACCCCCAACAGACAAGUAAUCUCUUUCUACGGAGACAACGACGAGAAGUUGUACUACAAGCUCACUUUCCAUCGGCGGCACAGAGAAAUCGUCACCGGGACUUACUUGAAUCACGUAAUGGAAGAAGGGAAAGCGAUUGGGGUGAAGUCUCGGCAGAGGAAGAUCUUCACCAACAACAGAGGCGAGCAACGGGUCGGGUCUAGAAGAACGAUGUGGAGCCAUGUGGUGUUCGAGCAUCCAGCGACAUUCGAUACUCUUGCUAUGGAGCCCAAAAAGAAGCAGGAAAUUAUCAACGAUCUGAUCACCUUCACGAAGUCGAAGGAUUACUAUAAAAAGAUCGGCAAGGCGUGGAAGCGAGGGUAUCUCCUCUUCGGUCCACCGGGGACUGGGAAAUCUACCAUGAUCGCGGCCAUGGCUAAUCUGAUAGAGUACGAUAUUUACGAUCUUGAAUUGACAGCGGUGAAGGACAACUCGGAGCUGAGGAAGUUGUUGAUCGACACAUCAGGCAAGUCGAUUAUAGUGAUUGAGGACAUUGAUUGUUCGCUGGAUCUAACGGGGCAAAGGAAGAAGAAGGAAAAGGAGAAGGGUGAGAAGAAAGAUGGAGAUAAAGCUAAUCCAAUUGAGGAGGAGAAGAAGAAGAAGGAUGCUGAAGAUAGCAAGGAUAGUAAGGUUACUCUGUCUGGGCUUUUGAACUUCAUCGAUGGGUUGUGGUCGGCUUGUGGCGGCGAAAAAAUCAUCGUCUUCACGACAAACUACGUGGAGAAACUCGAUCCUGCUCUGAUUCGAAGAGGAAGAAUGGAUAAACAUAUAGAAAUGUCGUAUUGUAGUUUCGAAGCAUUCAAGGUGCUCGCGAGGAAUUACUUGGAUCUUGAAUCGCACGAUUCGUUUGAGACGAUUCGUGGGUUGUUGGAGGAAAACAAAAUCACUCCGGCUGAUGUUGCUGAGAAUUUGAUGCCUAAGUCGUCUGAAGAGGAUGCCGACACAUGUUUGAAGAAUCUGAUGGAAGCGAUUGAGAGAUUGAAGGAGGAAGCGAGGUUGAAAGCAGAGGAGGAAGAGAAGGCCAAGGCAGAGGAAGAAGAAGAGAGACUCAAGGCUGAGAAAGAGAAAGAGAAAGAGAAAGAACAAAAAUCUGCUGAAGAAGAGAAAGAGAAGAAAGCAUCAGUUGCAGAAGUGAAAGAAAAUGGAGUAAUCACUUAAAAAAAACACAGGAUGUUUGGGCAAGAAAAGAAUAAACGUAGUUACUAGUUAGGGUGCUGCUGGGGACUCCAUUCACGGCGGGUAUCGUUCAAGUCAAUCAUGCUGUUUGGUGUAGCUUAAAAGCUGCUUAUUUUAGCUUUUAACUUAAUUUAAGUUAUUUUGAUGUGUUUGAUUUA